GCCACCAGGGUCUCUUCCUGCCGGCGCGGCUGCAGAGGCCCACUUGCGCGGGGCGGUCAUGGUCCCCCCCUGAGUGGGCUGUGGCGGAGAGCGGGGCGGGGACUGGCUGGAGGGGGGCGGCCCGGCGGGGCCGGGGGCGGGGCCGGCCUCUGGCUCCUUCUUCCUCCGCAUGUGGCUGGCGGCCGCUGAGCCGUUCGCUUCGCGCCCUCCUCGCCGGCCGCGUCUCCUCCGGGCUCUCCUCGCGUCGCUGGCGCCAUGGCGCUCGCCGAGACCCACCCGACGGCAUCCUCCCUGCCCAACGGCGACUGCGGCCGCCCCAGGGCGCGGCUCGGAGGAAACCGGGUGACGGUGGUGCUGGGCGCGCAGUGGGGCGACGAAGGCAAAGGGAAGGUGGUGGAUCUGCUGGCGCAGGACGCCGACAUCGUGUGCCGCUGCCAGGGAGGAAACAAUGCUGGCCAUACAGUUGUUGUAGAUUCUGUGGAAUAUGAUUUUCAUCUUUUACCCAGUGGAAUAAUUAAUCCAAAUGUUACUGCAUUCAUUGGAAAUGGUGUGGUAAUUCAUCUACCUGGAUUGUUUGAAGAAGCAGAGAAAAAUGUUCAAAAAGGAAAAGGACUGGAAGGCUGGGAAAAGAGGCUUAUUAUAUCUGACAGAGCUCAUAUUGUGUUUGAUUUUCAUCAAGCAGCUGAUGGUAUCCAGGAACAACAGAGACAGGAACAAGCUGGAAAAAAUUUGGGUACCACAAAAAAGGGCAUCGGUCCCGUUUAUUCUUCCAAAGCAGCUCGGAGUGGACUUAGGAUGUGUGACCUUGUUUCUGACUUUGAUGGCUUCUCUGAGAGGUUCAAAGUUCUAGCUAACCAAUAUAAGUCUAUAUACCCCACUUUGGAAAUCGACAUUGAUGGUGAAUUACAAAAACUUAAGGGUUAUAUGGAAAGGAUUAAACCAAUGGUGAGAGAUGGAGUUUAUUUCCUAUAUGAGGCCCUACAUGGACCACCAAAGAAAAUCUUGGUAGAAGGUGCAAAUGCAGCACUAUUAGAUAUUGAUUUUGGGACUUAUCCUUUUGUAACAUCUUCAAAUUGUACUGUUGGAGGUGUUUGUACCGGUUUGGGUAUGCCCCCGCAAAAUGUUGGAGAAGUGUAUGGAGUUGUGAAAGCUUAUACAACUAGAGUUGGUAUUGGUGCCUUUCCUACAGAGCAAGACAAUGAAAUUGGAGAGUUAUUACAAAUAAGAGGUAGAGAGUUUGGUGUAACUACUGGAAGGAAAAGAAGAUGUGGCUGGUUGGAUCUCGUUUUGCUCAAAUAUGCUCAUAUGAUCAAUGGAUUUACUGCGUUGGCACUUACAAAGUUGGAUAUUUUGGACAUGUUUACAGAAAUCAAAGUUGGAGUUGCUUAUAAGUUGGAUGGUGAAAUCAUACCUCAUUUCCCAGCAAACCAGGAAGUCUUAAAUAAAGUUGAAGUUCAAUAUAAGACUCUCCCAGGAUGGAACACAGAUAUAUCAAAUGCCAGGACGUUUCAAGAACUACCUGUUAAUGCACAAAAUUACGUUCGAUUUAUUGAAGAUGAGCUUCAGAUUCCAG